AUGCAGUAGGUGGCGGUGUGCUCGUGCGCCGUCUAGAAGAAGAUGUAGAAUAGGAAGAAAACGAAGAAGAAGAACAACAGAAGCGCUAUCAACUAUUUAGCUAGCUUGUUAGGUUACGUCGAGGAAAUUCUGAGAGGUGUCUGCCUUCGUCACUCUGCCUCCCCUUCGCCCCCUUCACAAGGUUGCAGGAUUGUUGGGGUUUUAGCUUUUUUUGUUUCCUGACCCGCCAACAUGCCAGCCGCACUUACGGAUUCCAGUCAGAUAAUCUGUGAAGUCUGGGCGAGCAAUGUGGAGGAGGAAAUGAGGAAGAUCCGACAAAUUAUUCAAAGCUACAAUUUCAUUGCCAUGGACACAGAAUUCCCCGGAGUGGUUGUCCGGCCCAUCGGCGAGUUUCGAAGCACAGUAGACUACCAGUACCAGCUGCUGAGAUGUAACGUCGACCUCCUGAAGAUUAUCCAGCUCGGCCUCACGUUCAUGAACGAGGAUGGAGACUACCCUCUUGGCACGACGACGUGGCAGUUCAACUUCAAGUUCAACCUCACAGAAGACAUGUACUCACAGGACUCCAUAGACCUACUCCAGAACUCUGGGCUCCAGUUUAAGAAACACGAAGAAGAGGGAAUUGAGACACUCUAUUUCGCUGAGCUCCUCAUGACGUCUGGUCUGGUGCUGUGUGAAAACACCAAGUGGCUCUCCUUCCACAGUGGCUAUGACUUUGGCUACCUGGUGAAGCUCCUGACAGACACACGGCUCCCCGAAGAGGAACACGACUUCUUCCAGAUCCUCAACCUCUUCUUCCCCGCGAUCUACGACGUCAAAUACUUGAUGAAGAGCUGCAAGAACCUAAAGGGAGGGCUCCAGGAAGUAGCGGACCAGCUGGAGCUGAAGCGGAUCGGGCGGCAGCAUCAGGCUGGAUCCGACUCGCUUCUCACCGGCAUGGCGUUCUUCAGGAUGAAAGAGCUUUUCUUCGAAGACAACAUUGACGACGCAAAGUAUUGUGGGAGAUUGUACGGCCUGGGCUCAGGCUCCACCCAACCCCAGAACGGCAUCUCCGGCUCGGGCCAGGAGGAAACGAACAACAAGCACUGACUGUGCGCUCACAAUCUUCAAGUGGAAUACGCACUUGUUUUAAAACCCAACCAGCAGAUUCCCCCCUUUGAUCUCCCUCAACACUCGACCGCUGAACAAGACUAAACAAAAUAUAUAUAUAUAUAUAUAUAUAUAUAUAUAUAUUUCUUUAAAUUUUCCUUCCUGGGUGACUGUAAAAUGGACUCACAGUGACAUAGGAUCCGUCACUGGCUCAGUCUUUUUUUUAAAGUCGCUUUUACUGAGUAUACGGUCGUAUAUCCAGAACUCUUUUUUCUUUUCUUUUUUUUCCUUUUUUUUUUCAGCAGCAUUAGUGGCCCCCCUUCUUUCACAGCAUGGGACCAGCCCCUGUAUCAUACUGUGAUUUCAGACCAAACUUUGCCAAAAACAGUCGGAUUCUUCAGUUCAGACUAUCCUCCUCAUCAGUGGGAUUUUGUCUCUUGUUGCAGGGAUUUCAUUUUUUUUAAGUUAAUGUUGGAAGGGCCUGUAAAUUACAAUGUAUAAUUUUGAUGAAAAUAAAAAAAGUGUUUUAGCUCUUUUCCACUUUGAGAAACUUUUAACGGCGGGCGUCGAGGUGUAUAACUGUGCUUGGUUAUGCAUGUGUUUCAAUGGGCAAACUACUGUCGUUCUGUACAUCCACCAAACCAAACUGUCCACGGUCAGGUUGACAGAUGUUGUGGUUACUGUUGUUUUUACAUUCUACAUUGUUUUAAACAGUUGUAUAUUAAAUUGUUUUGUAUUUUGAAUGUAAUCCUUUUAAGUAUUUUAUCUUUUUAUUUUUUUUUACACACCUACACAGUUUUUAAUGCUUCUGUUCGAAAGGGUUUAUUUCGAGUCAUUAGAAACUCUCAUCUGGAAUUUUGUGUUGCGGUAGAUUAAAAAUAUUAGUCGAAAAUUAUGUGGAGAGUUGCCUGAAAAUAUGCAUGAUAAAAGGUAAUUUCUGUCAAAUCUGACGGCAAUCAAUUAUUUAGCCUUUUCUGGAUGUCAACUCAAACAUAAAACAUUCUGUCUGAACAGCA